UCCAUAUGACUUUAAUUUUGGUACGACUGUCUGACGUCAUAAGUCGCCGCCGCCCGCCGCCGCAGCGCUGUUUUGUUUGUGUGAGCGUCGGCUGAAGAAGACAGAGAAACUCCUGCUGAAGCGACUGAGCUCCACUAUUAUAAAGAUGGCCUUUAUUAAAGAGGAGAGUGAAGACCUGAAGAUUGAGGAAACAUUCACACAUGAAGAUCCUGAGCAGCUAACAGAUGUGCUGAAGGUGGAGAGUGAUGAACUGAAUGAACUGAAAGAUCAUCAUCGUGAUUUCAGGCCUGGUGAAAAAUCUACACAGCAGAAAAAGACUCUAAAAGGCAAAUCUGGGCGUCCUUUCAUCUGUCGUGAUUGUGGAAAGCGUUUCAGUCAAAAGCAAUGCCUGGAUGUCCACAGGAGAACUCACUCCAGAGAGAAGCCUUUUGCCUGUCAACAGUGCGGGAAGAGUUUCGUUCAAAAGCCGUACCUCAACAGACACAUGAAAAUUCACAGCGGAGUAAAGCCGUUCAGCUGUCAACAGUGCGGGAAGAGUUUCAUCUUUAAGGCAAAACUGGAAGCCCACAUGAAGACUCACACUGGAGAGAAGCCGUACUCCUGUCAACUGUGCGGGAAGAGUUUCGGUUAUAACGCCACACUUGAAGCCCACAUGAGAAUCCACACAGGAGAGAAGCCGUACACAUGCGCACAGUGUGGGAAGAGUUUCAAUCAAAAGCCAAACUUUGAAAGACACAUGAGAACUCACACUGGAUUAAAGCCGUAUGAAUGCGCACAGUGUGGGAAGAGUUUCAAUUAUAAACAAGCCCUGAGGGUCCACAUGAGAGUCCACACUGGAGAGAAGCCGUACACAUGCACACAGUGUGGAAGAGGGUUCUGUCAUAAAGUAAGCCUUGAUGCCCACAUGAGACGUCACACCGGGGAGAAGCCGUAUGUCUGCGCUCAGUGUGGGAAGAGUUUCUGUGAUGUCAGCACCUUUACAAACCACAUGAAGACUCACACUAAAGAGAAACCAUCGGCUAAACACAAGCAUGUGCUGAAGGUGGAGAGUGAUGAACUGAAUGAACUGAAAGAUCAUCAUCGUGAUUUCAGGCCUGGUGAAAAAUCUACACAGCAGAAAAAGACUCUAAAAGGCAAAUCUGGGCGUCCUUUCAUCUGUCGUGAUUGUGGAAAGCGUUUCAGUCAAAAGCAAUGCCUGGAUGUCCACAGGAGAACUCACUCCAGAGAGAAGCCUUUUGCCUGUCAACAGUGCGGGAAGAGUUUCGUUCAAAAGCCGUACCUCAACAGACACAUGAAAAUUCACAGCGGAGUAAAGCCGUUCAGCUGUCAACAGUGCGGGAAGAGUUUCAUCUUUAAAGCAAAACUGGAAGCCCACAUGAAGACUCACACUGGAGAGAAGCCGUACUCCUGUCAACUGUGCGGGAAGAGUUUCGGUUAUAACGCCACACUUGAAGCCCACAUGAGAAUCCACACAGGAGAGAAGCCGUACACAUGCGCACAGUGUGGGAAGAGUUUCAAUCAAAAGCCAAACUUUGAAAGACACAUGAGAACUCACACUGGAUUAAAGCCGUAUGAAUGCGCACAGUGUGGGAAGAGUUUCAAUUAUAAACAAGCCCUGAGGGUCCACAUGAGAGUCCACACUGGAGAGAAGCCGUACACAUGCACACAGUGUGGAAGAGGGUUCUGUCAUAAAGUAAGCCUUGAUGCCCACAUGAGACGUCACACCGGGGAGAAGCCGUAUGUCUGCGCUCAGUGUGGGAAGAGUUUCUGUGAUGUCAGCACCUUUACAAACCACAUGAAGACUCACACUAAAGAGAAACCAUCGGCUAAACACAAGCAUGUGCUGAAGGUGGAGAGUGAUGAACUGAAUGAACUGAAAGAUCAUCAUCGUGAUUUCAGGCCUGGUGAAAAAUCUACACAGCAGAAAAAGACUCUAAAAGGCAAAUCUGGGCGUCCUUUCAUCUGUCGUGAUUGUGGAAAGCGUUUCAGUCAAAAGCAAUGCCUGGAUGUCCACAGGAGAACUCACUCCAGAGAGAAGCCUUUUGCCUGUCAACAGUGCGGGAAGAGUUUCGUUCAAAAGCCGUACCUCAACAGACACAUGAAAAUUCACAGCGGAGUAAAGCCGUUCAGCUGUCAACAGUGCGGGAAGAGUUUCAUCUUUAAAGCAAAACUGGAAGCCCACAUGAAGACUCACACUGGAGAGAAGCCGUACUCCUGUCAACUGUGCGGGAAGAGUUUCGGUUAUAACGCCACACUUGAAGCCCACAUGAGAAUCCACACAGGAGAGAAGCCGUACACAUGCGCACAGUGUGGGAAGAGUUUCAAUCAAAAGCCAAACUUUGAAAGACACAUGAGAACUCACACUGGAUUAAAGCCGUAUGAAUGCGCACAGUGUGGGAAGAGUUUCAAUUAUAAACAAGCCCUGAGGGUCCACAUGAGAGUCCACACUGGAGAGAAGCCGUACACAUGCACACAGUGUGGAAGAGGGUUCUGUCAUAAAGUAAGCCUUGAUGCCCACAUGAGACGUCACACCGGGGAGAAGCCGUAUGUCUGCGCUCAGUGUGGGAAGAGUUUCUGUGAUGUCAGCACCUUUACAAACCACAUGAAGACUCACACUAAAGAGAAACCAUCGGCUAAACACAAGCGUAAGACUUUGACCAUUCAUCAAUGUGUUUAAUGUUUACAUAUGAAGAGCUCACGUUGGAGUAAAGCCCCAUUCACACCUUCAGUGACUUCAGCGCUGCUCGGUUUGGUCACUAGUGGGAAAAUCUCUCCAUGGUAUCAGACUUUUGCUCAAUCAGCCAAUCACAGGGCAGCAGCUCACUGCAUUUAGGCAUGUAGACAUGGUUAAGACGAUCUGCUGCAGGUCAAAGCGAGCAUCAGAAUGGGGACGAAAGGGGAUUUAAGAGACUUUGAAUGUGGCACGGUUGUUGCUGCCAGAUUGGCUGCUCUGAGUAUUUCAGAAACAGCUGAUCUACUGGGAUUUUCACGCACAACCAUUUUGAGAAAAGAAAAAUCACUCUAAUUUCAGGUGUA